AUGCUUAAACCUAAAGUUAUCUCGCAAGUGUUGAGACAAUCAUUGCAUAAUGGCAUUAAGGCAGCAUUAAUCAUGACAAGCGAAGGGUCAUUAAUAUCGUUUGCAGCCGACAUUGAUAAAGAUGCUAGUAUUUACUCUGCCAUCUCUGCUAAUAUCUGGAACUCUUAUAAAAAGAAGAAUAACGAUACCUAUACCAACCUUCAAUUUCAAAUAUUACACUGUGAUGAGGGAAUCGUUUUCAUUACAGGCAUUGGAGCCAUGUUGUUAUGUCUUGUAGGAGAAUCCAAGGUGGAUUUAGGUAUAUUAAAAGCCAAAGCGGAAGCCUUAAAGAACCAUCUUCAAGAGCCUUUACAACAAGUGGCACCUUAUCAAGAAUACAGCUAA